AUGUGAAGUUUGGCUCCAAAGAAAAGGAGAUAAUGAUCAAAGAUGGCGACUAUAGAACGCAAACCCUACAAGGCAGUAGCUCUUCACUGUUCCACUGGGGAAAUACAACUUCGACGGUGCGGAGCAUAGAAGAUUCGGAGAGAUGUUCCCUAUCGAGAUGCACAUAGUUCAUUACAACACCAAAUAUCGUAGCUUAGAGGAGGCAGUCGAUAAGCCAGAAGGUUUGGCCGUGCUCGGUGUUUGGUUCAAGAUGGGAAAGGAGAACCCGGGUCUGGGAACUAUUGUCGACAAUCUUAUGAAAAUAAGAUUCAAAGGUGAUAAGACCGAUCUUCCCGAGCUCCGACUGACGGAACUGCUACCGACGAACACGUCUGCGUUCUACCGUUACUCGGGUUCCCUAACGACGCCGCCGUGCUAUGAGUCGGUCGUCUGGACCAUGUUGCACUACCCUGCAACCAUCUCCCAGAAGCAGCUGACCAGGUUUAGAAUACUCAACGAGUACGAGGCUAGCUCUAACAAGCGCGAUCAGCUCGUGAACAACUUCAGGCCGCCGCAGGAGCGGCGAGGACGCAAGGUGUUCGUUAACGCUAUUCUGCCGCCGCCGCCGACUAACUACCUAACUCCCGUCAUCGCCAUCAUCGUCACGUCGGCCGUCGGCUACACCAUCUACACCCGUUAGCUCGCAUGCGACGACAUCUCGUCGCCGACGCGACAUCGUGCUGCGAAGUUGCGGUCGGUUGACAGCCGACGUACCGUGGUAGACGCCCCCCCCCCUAUGACAACCGCCCCCCCCUCCUUGUUACAUUGCGCAUGGGUGUGUAUUAUCGUGUUUGGUGUCUAUUGCCUGUGUGCAGUGUAUAAGGAGGGACGUUUGCUGUAGGGGGGAAGGUGUCUGCCAUGCUACACCGGUGUGUAUAGUAGGGCAGGUAAUCAAAAUCUCGGUCAAUCUUCGAUCUCUUUUCGCGAAGAACGGGAAAUCAAAUAUAAUCGCGUAUUCGUGAAAUGAGACGCCACGUAGCUUUUGAUCUCGUCUCUCGGGUUGUAACGGGUGGGAAUCAGCAAUGUAUGUGAUGUCGGACACGCCGACACACAGCACUGCACCGCAUCUCCUCUUGGGCGGAUACUUUGGUGGCAAAAUGCACAUUUCGUUGGUGGUCGCACAGCCUUGAAAGCCGCCAUGAUGUGUCGCUUCGUUUGCCAAAUUUUCUUUUGUUUUCUGUGGUUAUGUUUAUUAAAUAGAGAUUACUGAUUAUUAAUUACUGAUUAGUUUAUAGGGGUUUGUUGUUUAGACAGAAAGCAUUGGCAAGUCGGUAACUUAUAUAUUAUACGCCUUAUAACGAGUCGUAUAGUACUGUAUUAGGAAAUGUUAACUGUAAAAAUAUCGUUGUCGCGUUACAUGCGUACAUGCGCGCAACCCGACACAUAAACUAAAGAAUACUCUAACAGUCUUCACUGAAAACAAUAUGUCAACGUUUCGAGUACGAAUAAAUCAAUAAUUUACAGUGUUUAUUAAGUAAGAUCUUACGUAUCGUAAGUUGAUUUACACGCAAAGUCGACGGUGUACCGUCAUACUCGGUAGGAAAUGAAUAUAUAGACAAUUAGACCUCGAUCUUACGGACCCUGUUUUAAUAGAUAUCGAAAGCAAAGGACUUGCAAACAACGGAAUGUAACGGAAACAGCAGACGAAAUUGGACAAAGUCCGCUCCUUCAGGGGUAACAGUCCGCAUGUCUUGUACUUUAUUGUGAUAACAACGUAUUUGUGAUUAACCAUAGCCUAUGUCGUAUUUAUUUUGCCUUUUUAGAAAAUAAAGUCCGCUAACCUAAGUCACGAGCA